GGGAAGGGUGUGGAUCAACAAGCUAGAAAAUCAGCAAGAGAGAGACAGGAAGUGUGUCUUCCUCUUCCAUCACAGGAGGAUCUCACACCUCAUCUCUUCAGCAACCGACAGAUCAAAUAUGAAAGAAACGUAAAAGAUGUUGAAUCCGUCGAAUCAAGCCCAGAGGGACCCCACAGAGGAGGACAGCUCUGGAUCUGAUGCGGGGUCUGAGGUCAGCCUGGAGACAGACCGUUUUGGCUUUAUUCUGACCAAUGGAUCAACAGCUGAGAGUGUGGGCCCCUCCCCUGAGCUUGUCAGGCAGAGGGAGGCCAAGUGGAUAAACAUCAUGGGGCAAUGGGAUCGUAUCUUAGUGAAGAGGGGCAGCAAGGUCAAGGUGCAGUGCCAGAAAGGAAUCCCUGCCUCACUGCGGGCAAAGUGCUGGCCCUUGCUGUGUGGAGCCACGGACAGAAUGAGGCGAAACGAAAAUGUCUACAAGUCUCUGGACUCACAGCCUGGUCUGCAGAGCUGGGUGGAUAUAAUUGAAAGAGACUUGGACCGACAGUUCCCUUUCCAUGAGAUGUUCGUCUCCAAGGACGGUCAUGGGCAGCGUGGUUUGUUCCGGGUGUUGAAAGCUUACACUCAGUACCAGCCAGAGGAGGGCUACUGCCAGGCUCAGGGGCCCGUGGCUGCAGUGCUGCUCAUGAACAUGCCCGCUGAGGAGGCUUUCUGGUGUUUGGUUCAGAUCAGUGAGCAGUACCUGCCUGGAUACUACAGCCCUCUGCUGGAGGGGGUCCUGUUUGAUGCGGCCAUGCUGAGCUGGGUGCUGAAGAAGACGUGCCCUGCUGCACACAAGCAUCUGCAGCAGCACGGAGUGGAGCCGCUCAUGUUUGCCACCGACUGGCUGAUGUGUCUGUUCACGCGUCACCUGCCCUUCAACACACUUCUCAGAGUCUGGGACCUCUUUUUCUGCUAUGGAGUGCGGGUGCUGCUCCAGGUGGCGGUGGUGCUGGUGCGCCGGGUGCUGGGCCGGGCCGACCAGAGGAAGCAGUGUCAGGGCCAGAUGGAGACUCUGGAGAGGCUGAGGGGGGUCAGGGAACAAGUCCAGGAGGAAGAUGAUGCUUUCAUAGCAGAGGUGUGUUCGGUGCCACUCUCGUCCAAAGAUCUGGAGAGGCGAACGGAGAAGGAGUUAGAAAAGUGGAAGAAAGACAGACCCUCAUCCACCUUUGACCCCAGAGGUCGCUGCUAUGGAUACCGGAUGGCAUGGGCAAAAGCGCGGCUGAGCGUAGAAGAGCGGGAUAGAAGAGAGAGGGAUAGAGGGAACCUGUCCAUCCCUCUGGUUCGCUCAGCCUCCACUCUUUCACUGUCACCAUCCCUCCUUCAGAAGAAGUGGAGAAAAGGAGGAAAAUUAAACACUGGCGACUGGGAGGGUGGGAACAGAGUUGUAAGACAUGUUUCAAUGGGAGCGAGGGAGGACUGGAGAAGCUGGAAUACCUCUGAUAUUAGGAAUGUGAAGGGCCUCCUGAAGGAGGAGGCAGUUUUAGAGGCACGUGAAAUAAAGGAAGAGUUAAACCUAACAGAAGAAACUGAGCAGGAAGAAAAUCUAAAGGAACUGAAAACCCAAAAGACACCCCCAGAGCACACGGGAGAAAGAGCAAUCACAGAAAAACAGACUGGAGAGGAAAGUCCACUGAAAGACUCAAAGACAGAAGAAAGUCAAACAGAUCCAUUUCCAGCCAAAGAGCGGACUGUUGAAAAUAUUCCUCAGCCUCCAGAGCUCACAUCCCUCUGUGCACAGGAGGAAAAGCUGGACACUGUGAGCCAAUCACAAGUCCAGGAGAAACAAAGUCAUGAAUGCACCGACCAGGCGAGUGAGGCUCAGGACUCACAUGAGGAGGCAGAGAAAGCUUUGACAGACGGUGAACAUGCAAGUGAUACAGACCCCGACCAAACCAAGAUAGGGGGAGCAGCAGCAGAGGCGACCACAGAGGUGGCUGCUGACUCACAGGAAGAGCCGACGAGACAAGCCGACAUGAAAACAGAGGCAGGCACAGAAAACAAAAAUGCACAGCAGGUGAAUCUAAUCACAGUCACAGAGGCUUCAGAGAGCACAAGUGAGACAAGUCCAGAUCCAGGGACAGAUGGAGACCAUGAAGAUUCAGAUAUGAACAACCGAGAUCAUCCAACUGACCCUCCACAGAAGGAGAAAGUAGUGACCAAAAGUAUGGAGGAAAAAUCAUAUGACAACACAGAGUUAUUAGUAGAAAAAGAGAAGAAAGAGGAGUCUCACAGCAUAGGAAAUACAGACACUGAUGUAGUGGGAGAGGCUCAAGAAGAAGCUGGAGAUGAAGCAGAGGAAAAGGCAGCUGCACAGGAUGAUUUGACUGUCCAUGAAGCAAAGACAGACUCAGGCCACCACACUAGCUCAGACACAGAGGCAGAGGAAGACACAACUCUGCCAUCUUCAGUCGAGGGCCCCCAACGAAGAGAGGACUCUGACGGAUCAGCUGAUGCACAGAACGAGGCUGAAACAGCACCUGCAGAUGACAAGACGAGCCAAUCAGCCGGUGCAGUAGUAACCCAACCUCUGCCGGGACUAAAAGAAACAGCUGAGGCGUCCAAUGAGGCGAUUCUUUGUGAGCAAACGAUCGCAGAGCAAACGCAAAUAGAAACAAAACAGGCGACCGCAGACUCUCCGACACAGGAUGAAGCUCUGAACCACACCACAGGGGCAGAAGAGAUGAGUACAGAGAAAACCAGCAGCUCUGAGGCACCAGUUUCUGAACAGCCGACGGGCCGGGACUGUCCAGACGCUGCGGAGGAGGCAGAGAGCACAGAAAAAGUGCAGGAAAACAGAACAGGGGAUGAUGAAGUCUUCAAGUCUACUGAAGCAUCGGGCCAUCCGCUUCCUGUCUUUGAUGCACAAGCCCAAGUGGAAGAUUCUGCCUGUACAAAAGAGCGGCCUGAACCUCACGACAGCAGUCGAGAGCAGAGCUCCGGGCGCCGCAGCAGCAGGUCUUCUGGGGAUUUCUGCCUGCGCAAGUCGUCCAGCUCCCGCGGGCCCGGGUUGUCACGGAGGCUCUCCGAAGAUCUGUUCACCACCCCACAGAAAACCCCCCAACCCCGGUGCAGCCCUGGCGAUCCGGAGUCACAGCCUGCAGCGGCGGGAGCUGCUCCCGGGGUCACGCCGUCUGGGGAAGCGGCACAGGACACGUCAGCACAGCAGCCCGACGCCCCCAGACGGUUUGGUCUCCUGCGCAGACUGAGAGGGGAGCAGUCCAAAAGCAGCAGGGCCAAGGGCAUGGCCAAGAUGCUCGUGCCCCAAAUCUUAAUCCAAGACUUCAGCGAUGGGACGGGGAAAACGGUAGAGGAGGAGGUAGAGGAGAAACUGAGCUCCAGGGAGAGGAGGAGAAGGCGUAGGGAGCGAGAAAGACGAGAGAAGGAGGAGGAACGGUCGAAAAAGAAGAAAGAGAAGGAGCUGGAGAAGGAGAGAAAGAAACCGAUGACAAGGGGGAAAAGUUUUCAAGGGCCGAGAGAGAAACAUAGAGAUGAGGUGGCCAAACCAGCAAAAACUGGCUCACAAACACUUAGAAACUCUGCCUCCUAUGCUGAUUCAUUCUUUUGA